GAGUCUGUCAGGGGAGCGGUGUUGCUCUCAUACAAAGUCAGGACUCAUAUUCAGCGUCAAACUUUAACCUGACGCGAGGAGAGAGGACGAGAAGGAAGGAAGGACACGUUUAUCUGUACCUGAAAGUCUUCUCACGGUUCACCUGAGCUGUUAAACUUCCAACCUGUGAACACGCACCAGGCUGAGUUACCUGUGGAGUUACAGCAGAGACGGAUCCAAGGAGCAGCUUUAACCGGACACACAUGGACGUCAGGAGGAGGAGGAGGUCCAGUGAUGCUGCCCGCUUCAGUCCACUCAGCUUCAGCGACAAUUAGUCACGUCAGCCAGCUGAGCAGGUACCUGAAAAUCCACAACACUCCUGAGGAGGACGAUGAAACCAUGAGCAUGGAGGAGCGAGAAGCAAGCAUCCUCCACAAGCUAGACUCCACCCUGAACCCUGAGGACCCAACCCUCCAUUCAGACCACCCCACCUUCCCCGACGACUCCAUGUUCAGCCAACACAGUGAGCAGAGACGCAGCCUGCCUCACCCUGGCCCGGGCUUCGGCGUGUACCAGCCUCUUCGCAGUCUACCUGCAGGGUACAGCCAGCCCACGCCGUACCCCAGCCAGGCAAACGGCUCCUGGCUCCACCCGAGCCUCGCCAGCAGCUGGUCGGGGUAUCCGAACAGUAUGGCGUCCGGUCUGAGUCAGAAAGAUUUCUCCACCUGCUCUGGAGACACCUGCCUGUCGGGGUGUAAGUCCGUCCCCGGCAGACACAGCCCGAGUCUGAGCAGCUUAGAGCAGCCGCUGUCUCUCUGCUCCAACCCGCCUUCAGCCAGCCUGUACCACCACACGCUGCCGCCGUACUCCUGCUCGCCGCAGGGAGCCGCCUGCUGCGCUCAGUGUCCUGACGGCUUCAACAGAGGGCCUAUGAGCAGCAAACUCCCCUGGCCUCCACACCAGCAGGAUUACGGCCCCUGCUACCCCAGAGACUACAGACUCCCUGGAGCUCGUUACACACACAUUGGUUACAAGCCUCCAGCUGCAGAGAAGCAGCCUCCGUGCAGCGCGCCGCUCUCUCUGGAGCAGAGGAGGGUCUUUGUCACAUAUGAAGCGGACAACGACAAACACGUCAAUGAGAUCAUCAACUUUGUUGCUCUGCUGCGACAUAACGGCUUCGAUACGCACAUCGAUAUUUUCGAGCAGCAGUUCAGUAGCAUCAGCACGAUAGACUUCAUGGAGCGAUACAUCAGUGAGAAAGAGUAUCUGAUCAUCAUCAUCAUCAGCCCAAAGUACUACGAGACGGUGACGGCCUCGCCUGUCGGCAUGGAGAGAGACGAGAGGACGUUCAACACCGUCUACAUCCACAAACAGCUCCAGAAUGAGUUCAUCCAGAAUGGAAGCAAGAACUUCAGGUUCAUUCCCAUCGUGUUCCCCGGGGCCAAAAAGUGCCACGUCCCCAACUGGCUCCAGAACACACACGUGUACGCCUGGCCGCGUGACCGAGACGACAUCCUGCGGAGACUGAUGAGGGUGGAGAAGUACAACCCUCCGCCGGUCGGGGAGCUACCCACCAUCGUCUCCAUCCCCAUAUAAACCCCCCCCCUGACCUUUGACCUCUGACCCAAACACACUCACGCACUGGACUGAACUGUUCUCUGAGGUGAAGGCUGGAUGUGCGUGACGUUUCUGAGUUGUUUUGAUGUUUCUGUUGCUGUGUGAACUCGUCUCCAGGGUUGUGUUUGUUACAUAAGUAUAAUGAGUUCCCAUAAAAUCCGUGUGACGCACAGAGAGAGAGAGAGAGAGCCGGUUUACAGAUGAUGUUUUUGUUCUGUGCAUCUCAUUAGUGUGCAUGUUUUCACCUCAGUCUGUUUCACCUGCAAAAAAACCCACGAGUCAUGUUUACUGGUGCUUCCUCAGUGUCCACUUGCAGCCUGAUCAUGUUGAGCUCUCUGAAAGCACAAUUUAAAAGUCAUGCAUGUCAUAGUAAAUUAAAAUGUUUUAUUGGAACGCACAUGUGCAUGCUAUGUGAUUAAAUAUUUGACAAACAUGAUGGACGCUCUGAGGACUGGAUGUUUGCAGAGCUGACCAGAAAAAGCUUUCAUUUGUGAAAAGUAAACUGACGGAUCUCCCA